AUGACCCCGCCCUCCACCUCGCGCCUCCCUCAGUCAUCCUCCGCCUCCUCCCCCAGACAUGCCUCGAGACAUGGCCGUUCCAAAUCCGGUACCACGCCGAACAAGCCCAAGUUGCUCCCGUUUCCAGACCUCCCGGAACUGAGGUCAUCCAGAGACAGCAGCCGCGCUACCUCGCCCCUUCCCACACCGUCCCGCGAGAUCACAUUCGACCAAAUGAUCAUGGCACGAGGCGGGAGCUCCGAUGGGGGCCAGGGGCGGCAACGCUCGUCUGGCUCGGGAGGGCGCAACACGCCGACCGCUACGACCGCCACUUCGCCGUCUGUCUCAUCACCACUUGCUGCCGCCAGUCUAUCGCGCGCACGAGCAUUAACAGCCCCCACCAGCGCAAACGGAAGCCCCGAUGCCCGGUCUGCCCCCUCGCCUAGGAGAAUGAGCGACUUCCAGACAGACGCAGGGCCCUCGAGGCCGUCGACGUCUGCACCGUCCGCGCCAUCUGUCGCCAUCGCACCUCCCAUCGCUCCCCCUAUUCUGCUAGCGCCCUCCAGCAGCGUCCCUGCCCCUGCCACACAGCCCCGGACGCCCGUCAAGUUCUCGCACACCGAUGAACGCGCCCACCAUGUACACACGCAGUCUGCCCCGCCGGCCGCCACAUCGUUCAAUCCCACCACCGCUGUCAUCCCGACACCAUCCCUGCAGCCCAUCAGCGAGCAUCUGUACAAUGCAUUCCUGAGUGGGAUGUGUGCAGAUGUGAGGCUUAUCGUACGCAAGUGGGGCGUCGCCUAUGAUGUGCACAAGAUGAUUAUGUCUCAGUCCAGCUUUUUCACAUCGCUCUUUCUGGGUGGAUUCUCAGAGGCCACAGUGACUCCCAAGCCUGCAUUCAAGGGAAAGGGGAAAGCCAGGAUAGAUGUGCCUGCAGACAACUGGCUUGGCGAGAGUGUCGAGCUUCAGUUUGACGACCCGAAUAUCACACGAGCUGCUUUCGAGAUAUGCCUGGCAAGGCUAUACUGCCCAUACCCCACCCUUAACUUUCCCACCUCCAUCCUCCCCACCUCGACACAUCCCUUGACUCCUUCAUUCCCCUCCAGCCACGAACCAGCCUAUGCCUCUCUCAACUCUUCUCAACCCCAGAACACCCACCUUGCCACUCCACGUCUCUUGCUCUCUCUUCUCGCAACUACAGUAUACCUCGGGCACGGUGCCCUGCUCCGUGAAGUCCUCUGUAUGAUACUGAGGACUGUCAGCCCGGUGACCGUGGGGCUGUAUCUGGCCUUUGCGACCGGUGAUGGCAUUGGAGAGGAAGAGUGGGAGGGGCAAAGUGAAGAAGGAGCGAAAGGAUUCGAAAAGGUUGCCAAGCCGCUGUUUGCUCCACAGAGAGCGCAUCCUUCAGGAAUGUCGCCAACAGUGGAAGAAGAUCCCAUGGAGACGCCUUCCAAGAGUACUUCUCGUCCUAGACUCUCUUCUGAUUCAGACACCAAGGUUGGACAUACAGACCCUUCCAUCUAUCUCAACGGGACGUCCGACUAUUCAUCCUCUUUCCAGGGCGACGAGACUCUACACAGCCAUGAUCAGGCAUCGUUCGCUUCAACCGAUGUCCAUGCUCUGCCGCAGUACUAUGGCGUUGUUGGCGACAAGAUCGGAGAAGCCUGUAAUGUCUGGCUAGCCCGGUGGGGAGCCGAUACCUUGCACGCCGAGAUGCAGACGCCCAAUGCUGCAUACCGCAUCUGGGGCCACGGCGGUCUCCUAGCCCGCUUCGUCCGCGCCCUCUUGUCUUCUGACUUCUUCUUUGUCAAAGAUGAGAUGGAGCGAUACCAGAUGACGAGGAAUGUGCUCGAUUUGAGAAGGAAGGGGUGGGAGGAGGUGAUGGAAGGGGUCGGGGAUGUGUCGUUCUCGGGCACGGACGUGGAGCACGAGUGGGACGAGUGGGAGGACGAAGAGAGAGAGAUUCAGAGGGUGUUUGCGGAGGGGAUCCGGUACUGUCACAUGACAUUCGAGGAUCUGUCAACGAUUGCAUCAGACCUCGACCCGCAUACCAGUCUACCGUACGCUCCGCUCGCAGUCUUGCAAGCGGCGCAUUGGGCUGCUGCCGACCUCCGCGCAAGAGUGACGGCGCACGAGCGAAUUGAAGAGGGUCAAGAGGCCGAGGAGAAGGAUGAGCUUGGGCUUACGCAUACGACAAGCGAGAUUGUAGAUACUCUUCGUAAUCGACGCCGACGUCCCACGCCUCGCAGUCGGGUGCCAAGCGCAGCCACCACCACCUGGGGGGCGUCUUCCUCGACAGCAUCUGCAUUUGUCGCCCCGCCUUCGUCUGUAUCCUCUACGACUGACAUGAACCACAGCAACCAUCUCGCCCAGAGUGUGUGGUACCCCGUACCAUCUGACGAGACGCACCGUAUCGGCGCUAGUGGUCUGCUUAGCUCCGGCAUCAACGGCGUCUCGGGCGUCCCCGACUUUGGCCCCGACCUCGCCGAUGUCCUCUUCCAAACAAGCCCCGUCAAAUCCAAACCCGCACCGCAUGGCGAAAAGUCUUCGUUUGGCCUUGUUGGCGGUAAAGCCACCGCGUCAGAAAUUGAAGACAAGUGGGUCGACGAGGGGGGUGGUUUCGCAUUGUUGAAUCUGGGAUUGGGCAAGGAAAAGCAGGAUCAAUGGACCAAGACGGAGCCAUUCAGGUUCUCGGUCGAGUUUUGGGAUGUGGACAAGCUUGGGGAGAAGGAGAGGUAUUAUUCGGCUACGCAUUUCUAUGCUGGUUCUCUUUUCAACUGGCAAAUGAUCAAGAGAAAAGAGAAGGGUGUCCAGCUCGGUAUCUACCUGCAUCGACAAUCGCCCAAUGAGCCUUUCCCGGCCCCUUCUGCUCCCCACCCUGCAGACGGCCUCUCCCUUACACGGACGACGACGACCCUCUCGACUACCGGCGGGCCUAUGACUCCUGCAGCGCCCCAGGCGUUGCUGAUGCCGUCGCCCGUGAUCCCCGGUAGCCCCCCUGCCACCAAUAAUUUGUUGAGUUUGAGGAUGGGGCAGCAGGGCAAGGGCAGUGGGAUGGCAAGUAACGUGCCGUAUCAUGAUACGAGAAAGACUACCAAGGCCUACUUUUCCAUCAGUUGUGCGUCUGCUCUGGGUACAGCCCUAAUCCGAUUCACCUCUGGUCCCGACUCUUUCGCCCAUUCUCAAUCUUGGGGAUGGAAAUCGUCAGCUCUCAAGUCUGAAGAGUAUCUAUCGGUACCGCCUGUUGUAGAUGGCAAAGACGAUCUUGGUGAAGGGGUGCUCGGGUGGACUGGGGAGGUUGACACUUCGGGGAUUGAGAGUGGAAGGGGAAGGUGUACGUUGAGGGCCACGGUAGUGGUUGGCGUCGUGUAA